CACCGCAACGUUCAUUUUCGGAUGCGACAACUAUGCUCUAACUGUCAUUUAAUACGUGCGAGCGAAAGUGGGGCCAAACGUCAACCAUCGACUUGCCGUUGCAAUCUGCAAUCCCGACGUCUUUUUAGUUGAUUCUCAAGAUAUUUGUUCGAAUUUGCUUAUUAUUAUUUAAUCAAUUCUCGAUGCGAAGAUUAAUGUAAUACAUUGUAAGGUUUCACAAUGAGCGUGAUAAUUCGUCUUCAAAAUUUACCUUGGUCCGCCACCGCUCACGACAUUCGACAAUAUUUUCAUGGACUGAGCAUCCCCGAGGGUGGUGUACAUAUCGUUGGCGGCGAAAAGGGCGACGCAUUCAUUGCGUUCAGCACCGACGAGGACGCACGUCAAGCUUUUAAUCGCAGCAAUGGCAAAAUUAAGGACGCACCCAUCACUUUGUUGCUCAGCUCGCGUAGCGAAAUGCAAAAGGUCAUCGAAGCCGCCCGCAAUCAAUCGAUGGCGGCGUUCUUGGGCGCAUCACAACAACAGUCGCAACCUUCCAUUGUUCCGAUAAUGCCGACCGCAGUACCUUCGACCGCCAGCUCUCUAACAGAUUUCAAAAGCAACAAGACAGACCAGCGUGACCACCGUCGUAGGUCGCGGUCCCGCUCACGCUCCAGGUCGAACGAGCGCUUUAAUCGAAGAGACAGGCAACGCGACCGCAGCCGAUCGGACAGCAGGGAUCGCACGAGAGACCGAAGACGCAGUCGAACUCGAAGUCGGAGUCGCGAAAGAUCUAAGUCUAUCGAGCGACGCAAUAGCGUGCAGGGUGGUCGAGGAAAUGCGACGCAACCACAUCGUGUUGGCGUUUGGGAAGCGCCACCACCGACCGUGUUUGCGAAUGCUGCUGAUUCCGCCAAUCUUUUAGCGACAUUUGUUGCCAAUAACAUAUUGCCUAAUAUACUCAAUGGAAAUGGCAAUGUUAAUCAAUUAGCAGCGCUCGCGGCAGCGGGUGUAAAUUUACAAGAACAGUUUCAGCUACAAGGUAAUAAUGCUCCGCUUCGUCCUUUGGUUCAACCAGGAUUACCGCAGCAGAAUGCGCCUAUUGUACCCACUUUGAAUCAAGGCAAUCGACAUGAAAUUAAUGCGAAUGGUAGGAAUAAGAACAACUUUGAGCAGCGAGAUAACGGCAACAAUAAUGCGAAUGUUCCAAAUCAUUGCAUUAAGUUGUUUCCUUUCUUUGGUGGGGUGGCUGAUAUCACACGCUUUUUCGGCCAUUUAGAAAUCGUCAAAGACGGUGUGCGGUUUUCUAAUGAUGUCUUUGGUAAUCGCAAUGGUCAAAUCUUUGUCAAUUUUGCGUAUGCUCGAGGUAAAGAUGAGGCUUUAGGUCGAUCCGGUGAUCGCAUACGUAAUCAGAUCGUUGCGAUUGAGCAUGUUGGUGAUGACGAGUUUGUCAAUAUGUAUCUUAAUCCUAAAAACGUACAAAUUCCUAAAGAACCUAACUGUGACGUCAAUAUGAGACUGAAUGAAAUAGUUUUUGCACAUUUGAAACUAGAUGCGCUUCCUAACUUUAUCAAGUCGCAAGAUAUCCGCAAAAUAUUUCACAAAUAUGCUCUGCUAGCGGUUGUUAUCGAGCCCAAAGGGCGUGUCAGCUCGGCCUAUAUCAAAUUUAACAAUCCGCAAGUCGCUCAGAGUGCGUUUACCGACAACAGCACUCAUCAAUUUGAAGGCAAACCGAUCAAUGUAUUUAUAUGCUCAGACGGCGAGUUCGAAGAUGCCGCCCGCAAGCACGGCACCGAUACGGUCCAAGUUCCUACAAACGUAUUCUCAAUGUCCGGUCUGCCGCCGAAAUGCUGUGACAGGGACAUCAUCGAUUUCUUUUCGGAUAUCGGUAUCAUGCCCGCGAAAAUAAAUAUGGUCCCAAACGAUUCGGGCUUUAUCGACGAGGCGAUCUGCGAAUUUUACAGCGUUGACGAUGCGAUUCUAGGUUUCCAGAAAAAUGGCACACUUUUCGGGAAUAACACCGUCUGUAUGAAAUAUGAGCCGGUUAAUGAAGCGCCAAAAAAGUCACACCCAAGUGGAGCGCCACCGCUUAUGGCGCAGCAGUUUUCACGGGCGAUGCCGUCACCCGGCAUGAACAUGAACCAUCCACAGGGAAACCAUUCCAAUCGUCCUUUCUUCCAGAAUCCCAAUCAAUUUAACGGCCCACCAAUGCGUGGCCCUCGACCUCCUCCUCACCAUAUGCCGAUGCAAAUGAAUGAAAUAGGACGCGGAAUGCCACUGAUGCGCAGAUUCCCGCAUCCGCACCACUACCAACAACAACAACAUCACCACCACCAGCAGCCGCAUCAUCCGCAACUGCAGCAGCUGGAUUAUGAUGACAAUAUUUGCGACGAUGACGAGGCGAUAGCGCCGCCCGGUUGUGUUCUCUUAAUGGAAAACGUACCGUACAAAGCGGGCGUUGAUGAGAUUCUUAAUUUCUUAGGUAGCUAUAACGUGUCAGGCGAGAAUGUACUCAGAAAAUAUAAUGCGAACGGCUUGCCUUCCGGCGAGGCCAAGAUUAUUUUUAACAGCCCUGAGGAAGUUUAUCACGUUAUUCAGCAGGCGCGAGGCAGGCGAAUUAGGGAGCGGUUAAUUCACAUGGCACAGAUUUAAAUCAGAUUUUUUUUUACCGCAUUUCAAACCAAAUUACAAACACGUUUAUAGUUGAUUAAGAAUUAAUGAUAAGUUACUUAAUUUAGAACUUAAUGACAAAUUAUGAUUUCGAUCGCUGAAUGUAUGACUUAGAUCUGCCUGUUGUAUAUAAUUGAAAAUAACAUUAUUAGAGGAAUUAGUUUUAUAUCUGAUUGAUGAUUGACAUCCGCGAGGUAGCAGAUCUUAUACACGAUGAAGUUAUUAAUAUUCCAAAGAUACUUCCGAUUUUGCGAAAUGAUAUUUAUAUUUAUUAGGGUGUCCGUUAUUUCCCAAAAUGGAUUUUAUUUUUCAGACGCCCCCCAAACUUUUAGAUUUUGACCUAAAAAAAAAUAUGAGACCCAUUUCAGCCCUUAAAAUUGAUAUUAAACCGUGCCUAAAUCAUAA